CCGAAAGACAACUUCCCACUACCAAAUAUCCACAUAUUGAUUGACAAUUGUGCCAAACAUGAGAUUGGUUCCUUCGUGGAUUGUUAUGCGGGCUAUCACCAGAUUUUGAUGGAUGAGGAGGAUGCGGAAAAGAUGGCAUUCAUCACGCCUUGGGGAACGUAUUAUUAUAGGGUCAUGCCAUUUGGGUUGAAGAACGCAGGGGCAACGUAUAUGAGGGCGAUGACCACCAUGUUCCAUGACAUGAUACAUCGGGAAAUUGAGGUCUAUGUAGAUGACGUGAUCAUAAAGUCGAGGAAACAAUGUGACCAUGUCAAGGACUUGAGGAAAUUCUUCCAGAGACUCUGCAGGUACAACCUCAAACUUAAUCCAGCAAAGUGUGCAUUUGGAGUCCCAUCUGGGAAGUUGUUGGGAUUCGUGGUAAGUCGGUGCGGCAUUGAGUUAGACCCGUCCAAGAUCAAAGCCAUUCAGGAGCUACCACCGCCGAGGAACAAGAAAGAGCAUGACAUCACAGGAAAGAAAGAGCAGGCGAUUUACUACCUCAGCAAGAAGUUCACAUCAUAUGAGGUGAAGUACACUCAACUCGAGAGGACGUGUUGUGCCUUAACAUGGGUAGCGCAGAAGUUGAAACAUUACUUGUCAGCAUAUACCACCUAUCUCAUCUCUCGGUUGGACCCGUUGAAGUACAUUUUUCAGAAACCCAUGCCCACAGGGAGGCCGGCGAAAUGGCAAAUCUUGCUUACGGAGUUUGAUAUUGUCUACGUGACCUGGACUGCAAUGAAAGCACAAGCGCUGGCUGAUCAUUUGGCCGAAAAUCCAGUUGAUGAUGAAUAUGAACCUUUGAAAACAUACUUCCCCAAUGAGGAGAUAAUGCAUGUUGAAGAAUUAGAACGAGUCGAGAAGCCAAGAUGGAAACUGUUCUUUGAUGGGGCUGCCAAUGCCAAAGGCGUCGGGAUAGGAUCAGUACUGAUUUCCGAGACAGGGCAACACUACCCUGUCACUGCUCAACUGCGUUUCUAUUGCACCAAUAACAUGGCUGAAUACGAGGCAUGUAUCUUGGGUUUGAGAUUGGCUAUAGACAUGGGUGUCCAGGAAAUCUUGGUCAUGGGUGACUCGGAUCUUCUGGUACACCAGAUUCAAGGUGAAUGGGAGACACGAGAUUUGAAGCUCAUACCGUACCGACAGUGUUUGCAUGAACUUUGUCAACGGUUUCAAUCAAUAGAUUUCAGGCAUAUUCCAAGGAUUCACAAUGAGGUUGCUAACGCUUUGGCUACUUUGGCGUCAAUGUUGCAUCAUCCAGACAAGGCUUAUGUGGACCCAUUGCAAAUUCAGGUUCGAAAUCAGCAUGCCUAUUGUAAUAUGGUGGAAGAAGAACUUGAUGGUGACGGCUUUUUCUUCAGUGGGGGGGUGUUGUACAAGAGAACCCCAGAUCUUGGAUUAUUGAGAUGCAUGGAUGCUAAACAGGCUACAGUUAUCAUGGCCGAGGUACAUGCGGGAGUUUGUGGACCUCAUAUGAGCGGAUAUGUAUUGGCAAAGAAGAUUCUUCGAGCGGGUUAUUAUUGGCUUACUAUGGAAGGGGGAAGGGACGAGUUAUUGAUGGCUUACUUCAGUCAAAGUCUAAGUGGAGCAGCCUUGGAGUGGUACACACGAUAGGAUCAUGCUCGAUGGUAAACUUGGGACGAUCUGGCCCAAGCAUUUGCAUGUCAUUUGCAGUACAAUCUCGAAAUUGUCCCGGACCGUCUGUCACUGACUAAAAUUGAGAAGAAGCCCGGAGAAAGCUUCAGAGAAUAUGGUUUCCGGUGGAGAGAGCAGGCGGCAAGAGUCGAUCCUCCAAUGAAAGAGAGCGAGAUGGUUGAUUAUUUCCUACAGGCUUUGGAGCCCACCUACUAUGGUCACCUGGUGUCAGCAGUGGGAAAAUCUUUCAACGAGGUAGUGAAAAUGGGAAGUAUGGUGGAAGAGGGUCUCAAGUCUAACAAGAUUAUGAGUUAUUCGGCGAUCAAGGCAACUACCCAGGCUAUUCAGAGCGGCACUGCAGGAGUAUUGGGAAAGAAGAAGAAAGAAGAGGAUCCCGAAGGUAAUUAUCACGGACAAUGGGGCAAAUCUCAACAGUCAUCUAAUGGCAGAGACAUGUCAGCAGUUUAA